CCCUCUCCUCCUCCUCCUCCCCCCCUCCCCCCAAAAAACCCAGCGCGCCUCACGUUGCAUGGGUCCCCGGUUAUUGAUAACACCGUUUACCGCUGGGAUCUGUCCUAGUAACGUGAGAAAAAUAAAAAUAAAAAUAAAAACUCGUGGGAAUAACUCGCUGGGAACCCAAAAGGCUGCGUGGAACGGAGGAAAACAACAAGCAGCUCAGUGAGGCGGACAAAUACAAAGCCGAGCCCACCCUCUCACUUGACAACGCGACAUCAACCGAGGCAGAAAGGAUUUUUUUUCGCACCUGUUGUUCAUCCAUCCUCCCUAACCUGCUGUGUUGGGGAAACCCCUGAUGAGUGGGACCUGUAUCCAUGAGCCCCGCGCCCCUUCCCCUUCCCUGUCAGGCUUCAGCACCCCAAUCUCAGAACCCCCUUAUCGGAGACUCGAUGGAGACACCCCUGCCUGCACCCCUGAAACGGACCUGACCCCCACACAGUGUGUGCUUCGUAACGUACUGUCCAUUGAACCUACCGUACACGGAGCCCCGAGCGGCAGCAGCCCAAGUCCAAGUGAUGGGUGCACAGCUCACUUUGACAACAGCGUGCUAAAACUUCAUGAACAUGAGGCCUGCCAGUGUGGUGGCAGUGGCGGGGCGGAAGCGGGCCACAGUCAAGAAGCUGGAGCUGUUAGGAGCCAGUCAGAGAACAUUAGGCUCCAGUCAGGCAGUGGAGGAUUUUUGGAGGGACUUUUUGGCUGCCUGAAACCAGUCUGGACCAUGAUCGGAAAAGCUUACUCCACUGAACACAAACAUAAUCAUGAAGAGUCCUGGGAGGUUCCCUUUGAGGAAAUUUCUGACCUGCAGUGGGUGGGCAGCGGGGCACAAGGGGCUGUCUUCCUUGGAAAGCUGCAUGGAGAAGAGGUAGCUGUAAAGAAAGUACGGGACAUCAAGGAGACUGAGAUCAAACACCUGCGCAAACUGAAGCACCCAAAUAUCAUCACUUUCAAAGGUGUGUGCACCCAGGCUCCGUGCUACUGUAUCCUGAUGGAAUACUGUGCCCAAGGCCAACUGUAUGAGGUGCUGAGGGCGGGCCGUAAAAUCACCCCUUGCCUCCUGGUUGAAUGGUCCAUGGGCAUCGCAGGGGGCAUGAACUAUUUACACCUCCACAAAAUCAUCCACCGAGACCUCAAAUCCCCAAACAUGCUGAUCACACAUGAUGACAUGGUGAAGAUUUCUGACUUUGGGACCUCUAAGGAGCUCAGUGACAAGAGCACUAAGAUGUCGUUUGCCGGCACGGUGGCCUGGAUGGCUCCUGAAGUCAUUCGGAAUGAACCAGUGUCAGAAAAAGUGGAUAUCUGGUCCUUUGGUGUGGUACUGUGGGAGAUGCUUACUGGGGAGAUUCCAUACAAAGAUGUAGAUUCUUCUGCCAUCAUCUGGGGCGUGGGAAAUAACAGCCUGCAGCUGCCCAUCCCUGAGAGCUGCCCGGAUGGCUUCAAGAUCCUCCUCAGACAGUGCUGGAACUGUAAGCCCAGAAAUAGGCCUUCUUUCCGACAGAUCCUCCUUCAUCUGGAUAUAGCCUCAGCUGAUGUACUCUCCACCCCACAGGAGACAUACUUUAAAUCUCAGGCUGAAUGGAGAGAGGAGGUGAAACAGCACUUUGAGAAGAUUAAAUCCGAGGGAACUUGUCUCCAUCGGCUCGACGAGGAACUGAUUAACCGCCGCAGGGAGGAGCUGAGGCAUGCCUUGGACAUCCGUGAACACUAUGAGAGGAAACUGGAGAGGGCCAAUAACCUUUACAUGGAGCUCAGUGCUGUGAUGCUGCAGCUGGAGCUGAAAGAGAAAGAGUUGCAGAGGAGAGAGCAGUCUUUGGAUAAAAAGUAUCCCGGUUUGUUCAAGCACCACAGCUCCAGACAAAGCAGCUCUUCCAACUCUAUGGACAAGCUAAUCAAAAAAAGAAAUGUCCCACAAAAACUGCCCUCCAGCAAGAGGCCAGACAUCCUGAAGUCAGAGGUAAUUCUUCCUAAAAUGGAUUCUUCUGUGAUGCAAGUCACUAUCCCAGCCUGCCCAAACAGGAGCUCCACUUCUCCCAGCCGGUCUCGGAGAGUAAAAACCCGCCAUCGCAAGCCUGGUAAAGGCAGCAGUGGAGACCUAGCUGGUCUUAAGGCAAACCAGUCCUCUUCUAACAGGGAAACAGCAGCGCAGGCUAAAAAUGCCACCAACAACUCUAAGCAGCUCCUGGAACCAGCAGCAGCGCUGCGGGGUCUCAGCCACGAGCAGCAGCAGAGGCAGCUGUCCUCCUCCAGCCCUGACCUCAUCUGCACCACACUGGAGGCGGAGAGCCUGGGGAAAAGGGAAUCCUCAGUGAGUGGGCUGGAAAGAGGGGGCAGCCUCAGCGCCUCUGCUGGGUUAGGGGGGUCCGAGGGAGGGGCAACAGGUCUGGAUGAUCUCACAGAAACCCCCCCACGAAGUGACACUCCCAGCGAGGAUGCUGCAUCAUUCCCAUUCUCCAGUAGCCCAGACUCACCAUGUGGGAGAGGAGCGGCAGCUGGAAGAGGAUCCCUGGGAUCUCCUCGGCUUCCUCAUGACGGGGAGGAUAAGGAUGAGGGAGCCAGCUCUGUAAGGAUACCUCGGGGGGCUUCAGGGGGGAUUGGGACCCAGCACCUCACACCUUCAGCCAUUCUGUAUAGGGCAGCUAUCACACGCAAGCAGAGGCGUGGGGUGUCAUCAGAAGAGGAGGAGGGUGAAGUUGACAGUGAGGUUGAGUUGCCACGGAGACGCCGUCCAACUAGCAUCACCAAGUGCCAGUCGGUUUCUACCUUCAGCUCAGAAAACCUCUCGGUAUCAGACGGUGAGGAGGGCCACACCACUGACCACUCUCACAGCGGCACGCCUGACGUGGUCAGCACAAACACAGACGACAGGUUGGACGACCGUAGUGAUGACCUCCUCUCCCAGGGGUCGGAGAUCCCAGCAGACAACACUGAUCCUGCACAGACGUCUGACGGUCUGUCGGAGAGGGAUGGUGCUCCGGGCCAAAGCAAACCUCAGCUGGACGCCGGGCAGAAUCCUAAUAAGAGCCGCGUCUUGUGCGACGAUUCUGACUGUGACAGUGCUGAACUGGAUCAGUCAGGCAGUGGAGAGCCAAGUCGACCCCCUAGUGCCGGAGCGUGGGUGUCGCCAUCCCAACCCUAUCAGGUGUCUCCACAGACGCCCAACACUGGACAUCCACUCUAGAUCGUCAGUCCUAAACAAAGACCUUCAGCCAGCUUACAACGAGCAACCAUCACAGGCGUACACCAAUCUGUCAGUGCAGUACAUUACUGUUGCCAUGAAGGACCACAACUAAUAAAACACUCAGACAAUGACAAGUAGGCUUAUGGUGUCUCAUAAGUGUUGGCAGGCAAACCUGUAUUGGAUUGUAUAGGACAUUUGACAUAACAUUACAGAUAUAAUCAGAUACUGUAUUUUGGCAGCUUGUGACCUCAGUUAAAUGUAAUUUAUGUUAAGUAGGGUCGUUUUAAGGGAAAAAAAUUACCACGUUAACCUUAGGCACUAUGCCAGUUCAGCAAAAACCCAUCGUUAGAUGUGCACACACGCACAAGAAGAUACUACACUCUCUGAAGUAGUCCUUAAAACACUUUAACCCUCACUCUGGGAGCAUCCUCCAUGAUUCUCCACACUCUAAUGCAUCAAAUACUAAUGAGAAAUAAUGUAAAUAUACAGUAUGUACCACAAGAAAUGUUUAACUUUAUUUUAUAUGUAAGAUAAAAUGUAAGACUAAACUGUAUGCAGCCCAGUGAACAAAUGCAUGACUACAUGUGUAUAAUUUAUGUUUGAAUGUGUCUGUUUUCUAUUUUGUGAAAGUUUACACUUUUUUAAUCCUGAAAGUCUUAAUUUAGUUACCUAACCUAACUUUUUGUUUAAUAAAUGUCAGCAUCACAAAUGACUAAAAAAAA